GUAAGCAAAAUGAAAUAGUGCAUUCCUUUUGGGACCAUUUUUUUUUUGUCUUGAGAAUUUAAAAAUCAAACACUAUCAUAAAAGCAUGACCAGAAAAUAAACUUGAGCAUAAUUGUGAAACAGUUAGCUUUCACUGUAGUUUCCAAGUUGAAGUUAAGGACUUUAUCUCACACACUUGCAAAUUUUAAAGUCAUGUUUGUAGCGGGAUUUUUUUCAAGUUUCCUUUUUAAAUACAUUUGUUUAUGUAUUUAAUUGAGCAAAACAAGGGAGUCCUAGCCCAGAGCAUCUGGGGGUUGUUAACGAUGUAAAUUUAGUCCCUACUUUUUUUAUUUUAUUUUCUAGUAUCACAGAUAAUUGUUGCACAAACUUGGCAUAUAUAGGAUAACGUUAAGCAGUAAGGUAACCAAGCACAUGCUGUUCAAGGUAAUGAAUGCUUGUUUAAAGAAUCCUUUCACGUUUUAUGGAUAACAAAUGCAAUCCUUGGUCCCUCCUACCCCCUCUUUUCACCACACUGAUUUUUUUUUAAUCUGUUUUGGUUUUGUCCGCUUGAAAGGGCAGUUUAUAUAUCCUAACACUAUCCUGUAGUCUCAACAACCAGGAAUCUCUGUUUUCAAAAGAGACCUAUCCUACACUUGGGUAUUGAGUCAAUUCUUUGUGUAUGAAAUGAUGUACAAAUCAAUGUUUUGAAAAUAAUGAUCUUGAACUUUCUAAGUUAAACAAAAAAAAAAACCUUUUUUGAUUGUUUGCCAUAUUGGGUGGGUUUACUCUUAGAAUCGCAUGCUGUAGAAAUGCUAAAAAGUGCAUAUUGGACUAAGUCCUUAGAUGUUUUUUUCUUUGAAAAAAUAACCUGUUUAAAAACUGUAACCAUUGUUGCUGUAUUCAUUUAUUGUUGCUACUCUGUGCAUAAAUCUAUGAAGAACUCAAGUAAAAAGCUAUGCACGUUUUGGAGUAGCGUGAUAAGUCACUUUUUUUUUUUCUAAAAAACAAAAGAGAAACAGCCUGUUCAAACAAUCGCUGUCAAAGAUUUUGGGGUGUGGGAGGAGGGAACCUAAACCAUCUUCUUUAUAAAAUCAGUUCCUCACAGCCAGUUCCUCUUGUAGGAUGAGUCCUUUGCAUCUGAUUAGAAUCAUUUUUGUAACAAGCAGGUUUUCCUGGCUUUCUUUUCAAAUAAAAUGUUAAAAGCAGCAGUGUUUGGACAGCGGAUUGUUCUGUUAAACUUUCCUAUCUUCUCACUGUAUCCGGAAAUGCUCCUUCCUAGCAGCAGUAGUAGCUUUUCUCCAUUUUGUUUUUUCUGCAACAUUCUGUACAAAAAUGUGCUGUAAUUGUGCGUUAGGCCUGGAUUUGGCAUAAAAGAUGAAUUCCUUCUUUCUCUCUUUCAUGAAACUACUCUGUAGAGCUUUUUCCACACCCUGUAUCCCUCUUCACCUUUUGUAUUUAAUUUUAAAGUCAGUGUACUUCAAGAAAGCUGGAUGCAAGAUAGAUACUAUAUUAAAAUGUAAUGUUAUUUAAGAUGUAAUAAAGCAGUUUGACAUGAGUUUUGACUGAUCUGUUUUGCAGCUUAUUGUUCUACUUACAAGACCGCUUCUGGCAGAAGAAUUUGAGUUAUGGAAUAUAAUAUGAGAGGUCAAAACAUGUCUUUAAUUGCUUGGUAUUUUAAUUGGGUAAUAUAUGUACUGUGUUUGAAAGCUCUAAAUUGUAUACAUGCGAAAAGAUGAUGGUCUCUGGGUUUUUGUGUUUUUAGUGCUGAAAACAGUUGCAAAAUGAACUAAAACCUCCAUGUUUUUCAUUAACAGAAAGUGUUUAACAGUUGCCAGCAAUAUUUGAAAAUAUAUAUGUGAAUGUGAUAUGCUAAUGCAGAAUUUAAUAAUACGGUAUGUGUAUGGAGUUCAGUGGCUACAGGCAUUUUUCUUCCUCCAUUCUUAAUUAUUUAGGAUGGUUUUAUUGCUAGGCCUUCUCAGGAGCUUAAUUGAAAACUGUUGGCACUCCCUUAGCUCGGAUUCCAAACAAAAAUAGCUGAUGUGAUAUGCUUUGCUAUACAUCACAAAAAUGUUUUGUGGAAUAUAUAUUGAGUAUAACACCUUAACAGGAAAUCAGAUAGCAAAAUGUUUAGUAACUUCUUAAACUUUUGUGCCCUUUAAUAGGAAAAGAAUUGAGUGGAACAUCUUAUGUUACUGCCAUAUGAGGAUCUGGCCAGAUAAACUGUAUUGUCAGUGUUAGCUGUCCUUACUGUAGAUACUGAGAAGGUGAUGUACUUCCUGUGCUACUGUAAAGAAAAUGGAAACAAGGACCAACAGGAAUAAUCAUGCUUGAUACCGUGACUCCCUGAAGCUGGUGCUUUUGCUUUUUGCCAUUGAAUAAUCCAGUGAGAAGAACCAGACAGGAUUUAGAGAAUUAAAUUUUUCCCUCCCUGAGGUUCUUUCACUUCCAGUAUGGAGAUGAAUCGGGAGAAACUGUGUACCAGUAAGGCUGAUGUGAGCUCAGAUUCUGCAUAUCAUUGCUCAGCGUGUCAUGAUGAUGAGGAGUGGAGCAGUAUGAGCCGGGGACGAGCGAAGUCACGAAGCUUGUCUGCUUCACCAGCCCUAGGAAGCACCAAAGAAUUCCGGAGGACACGCUCCUUGCAUGGACCAUGCCCAGUGACCACGUUUGGACCAAAGGCCUGUAUGCUGCAAAAUCCUAAAACGAUUAUGCACAUUCAGGAUCCAGCAAGCCAGCGGUUGACAUGGAACAAACCUCCCAAGAGUGUCCUUGUUAUUAAAAAGAUACGUGAUGCCAGUCUGCUGCAGCCUUUUAAAGAGCUCUGUGUGUAUCUUACCGAGGAGAACAACAUGAUAGUGUAUGUAGAAAAAAAAGUAUUGGAAGACCCUGCUAUAGCUAAUGAUGAUAAUUUUGGACCAGUGAAGAAGAAAUUUUGUACUUUUCGAGAAGAUUAUGAUGAUAUCUCCAAUCAAAUAGACUUUAUCAUAUGCCUGGGGGGAGAUGGGACCUUGCUGUAUGCUUCUUCGCUCUUCCAGGGUAGUGUACCUCCAGUUAUGGCUUUUCAUCUGGGAUCCCUUGGAUUUCUUACUCCAUUUAAUUUUGAGAAUUUUCAAUCCCAAGUCACUCAGGUUAUAGAAGGCAAUGCAGCACUUGUUCUGCGAAGCAGGCUGAAAGUGAAAGUGGUAAAAGAGCACAGAGAGAAGAUGACGGUACAGAAUGGCAUAGAAGAAAAUGGAGUAGUGCCUACAAAUAUAGAGAAAGAAGUGGGCAAACAAAUUAUGCAAUAUCAGGUCCUAAAUGAAGUUGUGGUGGAUCGUGGUCCUUCUUCUUACCUUUCCAAUGUAGAUGUCUUUCUAGAUGGACACCUGAUAACAACAGUGCAAGGAGAUGGAGUCAUUGUCUCCACACCGACUGGUAGCACUGCAUAUGCAGCUGCUGCAGGAGCUUCUAUGAUUCAUCCAAAUGUUCCUGCAAUAAUGAUCACCCCAAUCUGCCCUCACUCGUUGUCUUUCAGACCUAUUGUUGUUCCUGCUGGAGUGGAACUCAAGAUUAUGCUCUCCCCGGAUGCCAGGAAUACAGCAUGGGUUUCAUUUGAUGGAAGGAAGAGACAAGAAAUAUGCCAUGGAGACAGUAUUAGCAUCACUACCUCUUGCUAUCCCCUUCCUUCGAUCUGUUUCCGAGAUCCUGUGAGCGACUGGUUUGAAAGCUUGGCUGAGUGUUUACACUGGAAUGUUCGGAAGAAGCAAAAUAACUUUGCUGUUGAAGAAGAAGAAUUUUGAGUGUCUACAUCUAAUGACUCAUGGGAAUGGAAAGUGGCAGUAUCCCUUCUAUAUGCUUGAUUUGUUUUGUUUUAUAAGUUUUUGCUAACAGGUGUGGUUGCCAUCUCAGACACGUAUAUAGUGGUAUACUUUAUAUCAGUCUGAUCUGCUGAUGGUUGGAAAUCAUUUUGCUACUUCCUAUCCAGCAGGAAUAUUGUGGAAAAAGUGAGGUUAUGAUUGUUGUAAUCCAGUUUGAAUUUUCCUUAAAUGAGCAGUUGGAAAAUGGUUUUUUUCUGAUUGGUAUUGACUGCAUCUGUAGAUUUGAUUGUAACAUAUAACUUACCACUAAUGUGGUAGGCUGUAUGUAGAUACGUAAUAGAAGAGUGGCAGUAGGAAAGAGGCAUUAAAAAUAGUCUGUUUACUUUGGUAUGUAUGUAAUUCCAUUUGUUAAGACUUCUACGCACAUGAAGGCUUUACAGAAAUUGACUUUAAAGAAGUGCUUUACUUUUUUAUCCAGCUUAAAUACAACUUGCCCAGCACACCUCCCCAUCAGAACAGUGCUUAGCAUACUUUCUUCUUACUUGCAAGUGUGACAAAAACUGUGAAUACAGAACACCUGUAAGGAUUGUUUUUAUUAAUAGACGAAACCAGAAAAAAAAGUUUAUAUAAGAUAGAAAUCUAUCUUGUGUCCAAGAAGAAUGUUUUUUGAGUAGAUGGAACCAGGGAAAAGAACUCCACGCGUUUAUAUAUAUAAAUAACACACGUGCAUACGCACAGUGCCCAUUUGUCUGAACAGUGUUUGACCCUUUGCUGUCAUCACUGUGUAAAUAUCUACCAACGAACAGCAUGAACAAGCAUUUAGCUUGGGCUGAGUUGGUUAUUUCAGUCAUCUUCACUUUUCUUGCUGAGCUUGUUUGCAGCUCUGCAGUUCCUGCUGGUGGGAAACAGUAGAGUGCUUAUUUUUGUUUGAUGUUCUGGAACAAAUGGUAACGUUAGGGACUGUAUAGUAAUAGUGAUAAAAAAAGAAUAAUGAAAAAAGCUGCAGAUACUCGAGGAAUCUGGAAUACUGUAUUGCCUAGUGCCACUAUUGUCUUGAAGACAAGUGUCCUGUACUAGGCCCUGAAUGCCCUCAAAUUCCACAGGUAUUUUCCAGCUCUGGGUGCUGAGUAAUACAGUAAGGGAUACUGCACUGGUAGGCUGAUAAAUGAGAGGACACAUUCCCAGCAGAGUAACAAUGGUGCCUUCAGCACACUCAAGAUAUUCUAAGUCUCGUAUGUACUUUUUUAAGAUGCUUUCAAAUGUUUCUAACUUCUCUAUGUACAUAUUUUAUUGUAUGUGCUUUUAUGAAAAAGAACAACAACAACUUAGUUUGGAAAAAAAAAAAGGGUUUGUACUGUAAUUUAACUGAAAAAAUCAAACCCAAGUAUAAUGUUUACAUUUAUGUUCUCUGUGGUGCAGUCUCAUGGUCAUACUAUCCAAACUUCAGCAUUUUUGCGUUGUUGCUGCAUUGGCCAUUAAAGGAAUGGACAUUAUCAGUUGAAUUUAAGCCUAUGUCAUUGUAUUGUGGAAGAGGUAAUUUCUUACCGAAUAAGGUGGGAUUUCCUUGAAAGUGGAGCGAGAAGCAAUGAUAACUUCUCAUGAUUGUCUUACAUUGUACAUGUGGUCCAAAGUGGUAGUGGGAAAUGUAUUAAUUCCCAAACUCUGCCUAAUGUGCUGUGCUCUGAUGGUUUAAAUAAUGUCUCCUAUGUUUUGGAUGCUGCCCGAGUCUGUCUAAUUUUAUUAAUCCAGAUAAGAGCACUUUUCCGUAAAAGAGGAGCAAACUCUUAAUUAAUGAGAAAAAUCACAAUGAAAUGGUGUUAAUAUAAAUUCAGUUUGUAAAUUUUGUAGAAUAGAAUCUCGGAUUACUUUGAUCUAAAGAGAAAAAUGUUGUGAUAACUUGGAGAAUGUCAAGAUUAGUUUUUGAGAUUUAUCUUUCACUUGAAUCUGCAGUAAUUGUUUUAUCACUGUUUUGAUGCUGCUUACGGGUUUUCUAGGUGGGGUAUUCAGUUAUUAAAUAGCUGUUUACUUUUUGAGCUGUGGAAUCAUGAAACUUUUUGCUUUGAAACUAUUCUUUUAUUUAAUCAUGCAAUAACUGAGAGGAGGAACAGGGUAUAGUGGCUAUAAAAAUGUAUUGUUUAAUGAAAAAUGAGCAGAAUACCAGGCACACGAGGAAGGUGGAAAUCAUUUUGUAAAGGUGAGGUAAAACUAAUGAGCCUUAUCUAUCUAAUUUUUUUGUAAAGAUAAAACUAUAUUCAGCACUUUUUAUUUAUGCUUUUUAUAAUAGUAAAGCUUUCAUUGAUUAAAUUGCGGAACUUUAAUUUGCAGAGUGCACGUUUAUGAAAUGUAAACAAAACUUACCAAACUACUUUCUCUAAAUUAGAUCUGCUGGAGUUGUCCUUAAAUUUAUCACAUACUGCAAUUGAAUUACUGGCUUUGGGGCUUCUGCAGUUUUGCUUAUACAACUUUUCCUGCUUGGUAACAAUAUUACUUGGAUCACUGCUCAGCCUAGUAGAGCUCCAGUCACUGGCCACGGGAAAGUAAGUCAUACGAUGGCUUUAGUCUUUUGCUUAUUCUUCAGGAAAGCACCUUUGAUUAUAAUUAUGGUAGCUUCAUAUAAAAAGACAAAAGAAAUUGUGUUAAUACGUUACAAAUUAUCUAACUGUACAAAGUCCCUUUUCAAGGCCUUUAAUCUGCAAACCAGCAAUUUGCAAGCAGGCUAGUAAAGUUUGCUCAGCACUCAAGGAUUUUGCAUUAUUUAACUGCUUGAAGUGUGGGUAUUGUGUUCUAACUACAUCUGAACGUGAUAAAAGCUCUAAUGCAGACUUGGUGAUAUUGGCAAUAAAAAUAGCUUACUGAACUUGUUUAAACUGUGCUAGUAACAUAGAGUUUUGCUGAUUGAUUAUGAAUGGUAUUUCUAAUAUAAGGGUUGGAAAUAUCACUGUACCUGUAAACCCUUUCCAGACUACAAAGGGCCAAAAUGGAAGCUUGGAAAUUGAUGUGUUUAAAAAAACAACAACAAAACAAAGUCACUCUCUAUUAGACUUUAAGAAGCUAUUAAAAACUGAUGUAGAAUGGUAUAAAGCAGAGCAUACUUAAUUUUUAAGAAGAAAAAUUCUGUUACAUAUUGUUAAUGCUUUGAAACUUGUUUUAAAUAUUGCUGAAAACAAAUAUUUUUCAAUCCUUUCAAUAAAAUCUUUUUGUAAAGUUGAA